ACAGUAUAAAUCUGCUUGAAAAUCACCUCAAGCAAACAUUUGUGACAAAUUAAAGCAGACUUUUUACUUCUACUGACCUUGUCAGAAUGGAUGUCGUGUGUGGAGGGUACUCAAAGACCAAGGAUGCCACUGAGGAAAUUCAGAAGAUCUGUGACGAGGUGAAGUCCCUGGUAGAGAAAAAGACAAAUGAGAUAUAUGAGGAAUUCAUAGCAGUCAAAUACAGGGACCAGGUCGUGGCUGGAAUGAACUAUCUGAUCAAGGUUCAUGUGGGAGGAAGCAGUUACCUUCAUAUAACAGUCUGGAAAAAGCUUGAAUGUGAUGGAGGAAUGAUUCAGCUGACGGGUGUUGAAAAAGGCCACACCAAAGACGAUCCCCUCGAACCUUUCUAAUGCAACAGCUCAACCUGUUUCAGCUACUCUCUGUCUCCAAAAUUGACAGUUUUGUUAUCCUGAAAGAAUCAACACCACAAUAUUGCUGUAGAAUAAUGUUUCACUCCCAAUCUAUUACCACAUGUAGAGUAUAGAGUGUGGUAUUCAUGCUGUAUAUUCAACAUUGGAUGUAGUUGAAGGAGUGAUUGUGGAAAGCAAUAAAAAAGUCCUAAAAAUUUA